CUUUUCCAACUUCUUCCUCUCUCAUCUCUUUCCUUCGGUUCACAACUGACAACUCUAAUCGCCCGCGCUCUUUAUAUACAGCGCUUCAACUUCCUCAAUCCCCUGAGCCAACGCUCGUUUCACUGUUGUUUUCGAACUUCAUCCUUCUCGCAGUAUUCCCUCCGUCUGAAAAAGAGUAAUCAAGCAUGGAAGCUUUUUGCAGGAAAGAGUUGCCGCUCUCGGAGGAGCUCAGCUUUGCAUCCCAGUACGAUAGAAGAUUUUCGAAGAACGUUCUUGAUAACGUCCAUGGAACCAUCAAUCUUGAUCCGCUCUCUUUGAAGUUUAUUGACACUGAACAGUUUCAGAGGCUUCGUGAUCUAAAACAACUUGGUCUAACAUACAUGGUUUACCCGGGAGCUGUACAUUCACGGUUUGAACAUUCACUGGGAGUGUAUUGGCUUGCUGGUGAAGCAGUUCAGAAGCUUCAAACUUACCAAGGCUUGGAGCUUGGAAUUGAUCAUUUUGAUUUUCAAACUGUGAAGAUUGCAGGACUACUGCAUGAUAUGGGGCAUGGUCCUUUCAGCCACCUGUUUGAGAGUGCUUUUCUUCCUCGGGUUCUUAAUGGUGUCAAAUGGUCUCAUGAAGAAAUGUCAGUUAGGAUGGUUGAAUACAUUAUUGAUGAACACAAUAUUGAAAUUGAUCCUCAAAGUCUUAAAAGAGUGAAGGAAAUGAUUCUCAAUAGCUCUGAAACUGUAGCUACAAAAAGCAUGAGAGAAAAGCAGUUCUUGUAUGAUAUUGUUGCAAAUGGUCGAAAUGGGAUAGAUGUUGACAAAUUUGAUUACAUUGUUCGUGAUUGUCGAGCUUGUGGUAUGGGCUGCAAUUUUCAAUUUCAGAGGUUAAUGGAAACCAUGCGGGUAUUGGGUGAUCAAAUUUGCUAUCGUGCCAAGGAUUAUCUCACCGUUCACAAGUUAUUUGCAACUCGUGCUGAUCUGCAUCGAACAGUCUAUACACAUGCAAAAGUGAAGGUUGUUUGGUUAGAAUUGCAUGUUCUUUUUCAGGCAAUAGAGCUCAUGCUUGUAGAUGCAUUGCUAGAAGCAAAUAAUUGUCUAGGAAUUUCUUCUCAUGUUGACAAUCCAUCCGAAUACUGGAAGUUGGACGAUACAAUAUUGAAGACUAUUGAAACAUCUUCAAUACCAGAACUGGCACAAGCUAAGAAUAUUGUUCUUCGCAUUCGUAGAAGGGAUCUGUACCAGUUUUGCAAUGAGUAUGCUGUUCCAAAGAAUCAGCUGGAUCACUUCAAAGAUGUCACUCCACAAGAUAUAGUUUGUGCGCAGAAAACUAGUAAAGUCUCACUAAGAGAAGAGGAUGUUGCUGUUAGUAAUGUCAGGAUUGAUUUGACUCGCGGAAGGCAUAACCCUCUGGAGAGCAUCAAAUUUUACAAGGACUAUGUCAGUGAGGAUUCGUUCUCUAUCCAGGAUCAUCGGAUAAGUCAUUUGCUGCCUGCAUCCUAUCAAGAUAUGAUAGUGAGGGUGUACUCAAAAAAGCCUGAACUGGUUGAAGCAGUUUCGGAUGCCUUUGAAAACUUCCAGUUGAAAACAUAUGGGACCAUACCACAAGUACAUGGAACGCCAAAGAAGAAAUGCCGAGAUUAAUGGUUACCACUUACCACGAGCCUUUUGUUUUCAUUUGCAACACAGAUAUAGGUUGAUUUAGAUCUCAAAUAGAACAGCGAGGGGCAUGCUUUAUAUGAAACAGCAUCACGAGCUUUUUCCAACUUUCGAGCAAAUCAGGAGCCGUCAACACAAGUAGAAGUGCCCCUCCCUCUUUGACGGGUUGACCCUGUAAAUGAAGAAAAAUGUAUAGUCGAUGACCAUUCUACAGCUGUAUCAGAACUCAUUUUUGUAAAAUGGAUUCAAUAGAAGCCUGGACGCAGUCAUGUACCAAGCUGAUUGCAAUUUUUGUGAAGUGUCUCAAAAUGGCUAGUCCUCAUGAUCGGGAGAUUUGUUUU